AUGGCUGAUUCUGUUGAGUUGCGUAUGAGUGUUACUUCUAUAAAACGAGUGGAUCCAUAUGUUAAAGACAUUUUAGCAAGUGCUACACAAGUUGCUUUGUACAUUUUCAAUAUCUCUACGAACGAGUGGGAAAAGACUGAUACAGAAGGUGCGUUAUUCAUCUAUAGGAGAAAUGGGGAACCAUUUCAUAGCAUUAUGAUCGUGAACCGCCGUAACACUAAUAAUGUGAUUGAACCGAUAGUAAAAGAAUUUGAUUAUCAGAUGCAAGUACCUUUUUUGUUGUACAGGAAUUCUAAGAAUAAAAUAUUUGGUAUUUGGUUCUUUAACAGGGAAGAGUGUAUUCGUAUAACAUUUCUUUUAGAAUCUCUAAUGGAAGGCCUUAAGGAUAAAACUGACGAGAAGUCAAAGCGAAAAAGCAACAAUGUUGACAUUUUCAGCAUGUUGUCAAAAGCUCAAGAGAACUUCAAUAAAACCCCUUCAAAACAAGAUGGACCUCCGACAUUUUCUUCAACUCCAAGAGUGCCAGACGGUACUUCUCAAAGUGUUAUGGACUUUUUUGCAAAAGCUAGCACUAAGAGUACCAAAAAACCCAGUGUACCAGGAGAAAACGGUGAAAAUGUGUUGCAAAGGCUUAUGUCAAACCCCGCUCAUAGCGUAGAACAUAUAGAAAAGCAACAACGUUCAAUAACUCCACAUGAACAAGUCAAUGCGAGACAGAAGUUUGUUAACUCGGAUAGAAGAAGUGUGCCUAUAUCAUUUCCUGGAACAAGUACCGGAGAUAAAAGGAAUCAGUCGGAAAAUGGAAUCUCCUUAGUUAACCCCCUUAUACAAGGUCCUUCACCAUUAUCAUUUCUACUUCAGAGUCAGGCACAAGCACAGUCUGAAAAGGAAGAGCCUCUGGAUUUGCUUGGAACAUCCCCAUUCGCUCAAUUCUUAGACAGUUCUCAAAAACCACAUCUGAUGACGCCUAUGAUGUUUACGACAACUAAGCCAAAAGAAAAGGUAGACAACACUCCAUAUGGCAGCUUCGUAGAUGACAAACAAGAACAGGUAGAUUUAUUGACUGAAAAGCAACUAGCACAGGCUCUGAUAUAUUUGUUAAAGAAUAAUACCGAAUUUACAAAACAAAUUCACGAAGCCUAUGUGCAGUCUAUAAUGCAAAGAGUUAAUCUAAACAGUAAUACAUAAAUCAUUUCUGUAAUUUAUUACCUAUUAAAGUUUUAUUUCUCUGGACAUUGUUGAUAAGAUAAUUGUAAUAUAUAUAUAUAUUGACUAAUGGAAAAAUAUUUUUGUUUUUUAAUAUAUUGGACGUGAUUCCGAGUUGAAUUUUAAUUUUGUAAAUAAUUAAGUGCAUUCAAAUAUUCAGAACCGGGCAGUUGAAUUCAUUGUUGUUUAUGUAAUUUAGGGAUGGAUAUUAGAAGCAAUGUAUUAUGCUUCCUCAUAAAAGUAACCAAUUUUACUGUGUAUAUUUAAAGUAUACUGUUGCAUAUGAUGUUUAAGCAUCUGUUUAUUGGAAAAUCCAUAAUGGUUCUAUAAUUAGAAAACGUUUGUAGGCAGGUCAAUAAUUCCAGUAUAUAUGUAUUUAGUAUAUGACCCAGAAUUAUUUUUUAAACAGUAAUAUGAUUUUUGUUUGAUGUUUAUUUUUUUUUUUCAUUUUUGGCAAUACUGAUAGAUUUUAUUUUUCUCAAUUCAAUUCUAUAGUAAUUAAAAUGUUUACAUUUAAAUUUCGGAAGGUCUGUAAUGAAUUCCUACCAAAGAAAACGCUGCUUAGCUGACUACAUGACUUCAUUAUACUAGUAGUGGUGAUUGAAAAAGGUUAACAACCCCAUUUUAAAAUAAAAUUAGUCAACUAAUACCUGAUUUCCGGUUGUUCUCGUUUUGAAUUCUAUAAUCUGUUUCCUUUAAUAGCAACGGUGGCAGCUGGUGAAAAUUAAAGAUGUAUUAUAACAAGAAAGGAUUGGACACAUACUGUUUUUUUUUGGAUGAUUUCUAGGCCCACGUAGAGAAUUUUUUGAAAGUUCCAAAACGAAAUAAAAAAUUAAAAUAAGGGUGGCUGAACAAAUUUCAAAAGGACUUGCAGGUAUAUUUACAUAAAAUUUUUCUACAAUUAACUGAUGGAUACAAACGGGUGCGUACUUACUUGGAAAGUGGAAUCUUUCAGUAUCAAAUUAAAAUUUAAAUAGGUGCGACUAGAAAGAAAAUUUGAUUUUGUGAAAAAUAAAAAACCAUAUAUUCAUAUUUAAAUUUUAUUACCAAAUUCUGUUCAUAUAUGGGCUUAGAAAUCAUUCCCUAAAACAUGGUGUGGGUUCAUGAGUUAUUAUAAAAAUAUGACUAUUUUAAACUUCACCACCACCAACCGGAAUAGUCACAUAAUAAUGUCCACAAUAUAAUGUUAUAAUUUAUCAAGCCAGAUAUUGGCUAACUCUUGUUCCACUAUUUAACAAAGAGCAAUAUCGCUAAAGCACUAGAGGGUAUCAUUUGAAUUUCAGUAAAAGUAAGUAGAAUGUUUAUAUGAAGAUUAAUCUUAAUUGUUUAAAUAUCCAAAGCCUUCAUAAAUUAUUACAAGCCAUGUGACCAGUAAUUUUGUUUGGAACAGUAUUAUUA